CCAGAAGAGAUUCACAGUUCUACUGAAUCUUGGUACGUGCCACACCAUAUGGUACAUCAUAACAACAAGGCUCGGGUGGUCUUCAAUUGCUCAUUUGAGUUCCAGGGCACCAUCCUCAAUAACUACCUCCUGCCAGGCCCUCCACUGGGGCCUACACUACUGGGUGUACUCCUCCGCUUCCGUCAGUAUCCUGUGGCAGUGAGCAGAGACAUAAAAGCCAUGUUUCGCCAGAUCCGCCUGCUCCCUGAAGACUGUCACCUGCUAUGGUUCCUGUGGAGAGAUUGUGAAAUAGAGAGGCUCCCAGAUGUAUAUGAGUGGAGAGUCUUGCCCUUUGGAACAACAUGUAGCCCCUGUUGUGCUACGUUUGCCCUUCAGAGACACGUGAAGG